UAAUUAUUUGGAUUAGUUGAAGUGUGCGUUGUAUGUCUCUCUUUAAUACUUUACAUUAUGAAUAAAAUACUUCAAUGACAACUUUCCCCUUAAAAGCCUUAAGCGAUCAAGGCAGACUUAGCUACUACUCCCAUCAAGUCCAUGGCCGCCGAGAAUGGAAAGCUCCACUUAGCGAUGUUUCCAUGGCUAGCCUUUGGUCACAUGCUCCCAUUCCUUGAGUUUUCUAAGUUAGUAGCCGAAAAGGGUCACAAAGUCUCCUUCAUUUCUACUCCAAGAAACAUUGAUCGUCUCCCAAAACUCCCUCCUCACUUGUCUCCUCUCAUUGACUUCGUCGCACUGCCGCUACCCCACCUCAAAAAUCUGCCUGAGACUGCAGAGGCCACCGUUGACUUGCCUCCUGAUGGUGUCGGGUACCUCAAAAACGCCUACGACCUUCUCCAGAAGCCAUUGACCGACUUCCUUAUAACUCACAAACCGGACUGGAUUAUCUACGACUAUGUCCCUUACUGGUUACCGGCAAUAGCCAAGAAAGUCGAUAUACCGACUGUGUACUUCAGUCCCUUCCUCGCCGCAACUAUUUGCUGUGUCUGUCCUGCUUUAGGAGAUGAUGAUUACCGGAAAACCCCCGAAGACUACACGGUGCUACCCAAGUGGGUCCCGUUCCCUUCCACAGCGGCAUCUCCUCGGUUCAUGGCAAUAAAACUUACUGAUGCCAUAGUCGGUGACGAAUCAAGAUCUCGUCUGUCGGAAUAUUAUAGAUUCCGUGGAAGCAUUAGAGGCGCUGAUAUAAUAUCUAUCAGAACCCACAUUGAAUUUGAACCAGAAUGGUUAAAACUUGCAGAAGAUCUUCAUAAGAAACCCGUUAUUCCUGUUGGUUUCAUUGCUCCAUUAGACGAUGACUCUGUUGAUGAAACAGAGACGUGGGGGUGGAUUAAAGAGUGGCUAGACAAGCAAGAGAGAGGGUCUAUAGUGUACGUAGCAUUUGGUACCGAAGCAAAGUUGAGUCAAGAUGAACUGACCGAGAUAGCACUCGGGUUAGAGCUUUCCGGCUUACCGUUCUUUUGGGUGUUAAGGACUCAUCGUGGAUCAUUCGACCCUGAUCCGCUUCAUUUGCCUGACGGGUUUUUGGAGCGAACCAAAGCACAAGGGGUAGUAUGCACGAGUUGGGUGCCACAACUCAAGAUUUUAGGCCAUGACUCGAUUGGAGGAUAUUUGACUCACUCGGGUUGGAGCUCAGUGAUUGAGGCGCUUAAGUUUGGUAAGGCUCUUGUUCUAUUGAGCUUCUUUGCUGACCAAGGUCGAAACGCCAAGGUUUUGGAGGAGAAGAAGAUUGGGUAUCCGAUACCGAGGAACAACGACGAUGGAUCGUUCACAAGGAACUCAGUUGCUGAGUCACUGAGUCUGGUUAUGUUGGAAGAAGAAGGAAAGGUUUACAAGGAGAAAGCCAAGGAAAUGAGCAACUUGUUUGGUGACAAGGAAAAACAGAGCUUGUGCAUGGAUAACUUUUUGGAUCACCUUAAAGCCAAUAAACGUCAUCAUUAAGCAGCUUUGAAUUUCGUAGAAGUCUCAGGUCCGCUGCAUGUAUUAAUAUAGUUUUUCUUCUCCUGUGUUUUAAUUUAAGCUUCUGAUUGGCCACUGUUGUAGAAACUGAUAGAUUUGUUUGCUAUCAAUCAUUAUCAUUA